GCAGCUCAGCAAAUGAAGAAGGGGUGCCUGGGGCUGGGGUGGCUGGGGGGGUUGUGUUCCCCAUCUGCUCCGUCACAGCGCUGCCCGGCUCCAUCAUGGCGCUGUCUGUGGCCGUACCACUGCAGCGGGGGGAGGAAGGGCGCUACCACGUGUGCGGGAGGGGGAGACCGGCAGCACGGACGGGAGAGUAGCGAGGCGAUGGCAGCCGUGCCAGGGGCCGUCUCUGUUCCGUGCCCGCCUCCCCCUCGCUGCCUUGCCCCAGGUGCAGCUCAGAGCAGCUGGGAGCAGGUGGCAGUAACGGUUUGGGGGCUGAGCUGCCACGACCACUCUGCUGCUGCUGCUGCUGCUAUGAAGGUGCCCUGGUUGCUGCUGGCCUCUGUUCUGCUCCUGCCCCCCGGCGGGGCCGCCGACCCCCUGCCCACCCUGGCCCCGCCGCUGACCAUGGUGGUGUCGGGGCAGCGGCGGCGGCUGGUGGUGUGCGUGGUGAGCGAGCUGCCCGCUAGCUCCGGCCACGCCGUCUGGAUCUCCGGUGGGAACGGCAGCGCUUUGCAGUCCUUCGCCUACGGGGCUUCGCAGGAGGAGGGUGGCACCGUCUGUGCCGUUUCCAUCCUCCCUGACAGUCCCGCGGAGCAGGAGCUCCUGGCGUGCCACGUUGGGCCCAACAGCAGCGCUCCGGCCCAUAGCUCCGGUGCCAUCGCAGUUGCAGGCAGCGAUGAGGAGGCAGAGCUGUGUCCCAGCACUCCCGCGGGUGAGCGCGACGGCAGGAAACCGCACCGCGGGGUGGGAGAGGGCGCUGGGACGGCGUGCGGACGGACUUGGGGCCAUUUAGCCCCGCUGGGUGGGGACGACGUGCCUUUCGGGGGAAGCCAUAGGGCCUGCAGCCACGCUGCCGUCCCCUCUGUUUCAGAGCCCCGCGCCUGUGCUGCAGCAGCCCUGCUGGUGGCCGCGCGGGUGGUGCUGCUGAAGGCCGCGCUUGUCGACGCCCUGCUCACAGCCCUGCUCCUGGCCCGGCGCUGAGGGACCAGGCCGGGCAGCGAGGAGCCUCCGAAACGAGGGGCAGACCCGGCCUGGGUGACGGUGUGGGAGCGGAGCGGAGCCCGCGGGGCGGAGGCCCGCAAGAACCUCGGGGCACGGCAGCAGGAGCCCGGCCGCGCGAUAGGACGGACGAGGACCGCCCGGCGGGUCCGCGGCGAGCGAGCGGAGAGGGCGGGGCUACUCGGCGUCCGGGCGGCGAUUGGCCGGGCGGGCCGGGCGG